AUGUUACGUUUAAGUGGUGAUACUGUGAGGGUGAUGCCAUUACGCACUUGUCGUCGUCGCAUCUCGCCGAGGACAAAACGCCGCUACCGGGCAAUCAAAGAAUUCUUCAAAAGGACCAUCGGGACAUUAUCCAACACUGAUUAUGUUACCAAUUCGAGCAUCGCAGUCAGUGUUUCAGACUUGAAGAGUAAGAUCGAUAUUAUAGAACAACAGCUGGAGAAAGUAAGCAAGCACUGUCGAAAUCUGACUUGCGUCGAAAAUGGUUUUAACAACGCAGAUGGGUCUAUAGACCAUAAAAAUCAAAAAAGACCAGAAGCAGAAACUGAGAUACUAUACGAGACGCCUCGAAGAAAUUUUGUAAAAUCAGACGAUAGUGAAAACAGUAAAUUAAAAUUGAAUGGCAACACUCAAAUUAUGAAUGAUGUUCAAAGUAGUUCCUACAGUGAGAGACAACUUAACGUAUAUAAGCAACAUGAUAGAAAAUCAAAGCAAGCUUACAAUGAAUCGUGUUUAAAAACAAACAAUUUAAAGGAAAAUAAAUAUGAUUGUUUAAAAAGAGUCACUUCGAGUAUCACUUUUCAAGCGUGUAAAGACACACACACUCGGUCACAUCGAUAUGAUGUUAGUAAUAAAAGUCAUAACCACGAUGACAAAGUAAAAGACAAAAACCGAGGUUGUUCAGAAAAAAUAAAAAGGGAGUUGUCGCAUAGAAGAGACAUUGAACAUCGUAAAAGCAGAAAGAAGAAACGCCGCUAUUCAGCAUUUGACGAAGAAUUUAUCGAAGACAUCAUUAGAAGACAAUACAAACCGGUUAAGUUGUUUGGUAGGAAAAUAUCAGAAUUCAGCCAGUUUUCUGCACCCGUUUGCCGUGACCAAGAAUAUACUAUCCGCAAUGACAUAGAGGAAGGGAGCGAGUUAUGUUCAUGUUGCUUCGAAGGUCAUCGAAAUGUCAGCCAUCGCCAUUGUCGAAAAUAUGACUUGAACGAUAUGAGAAGCGUCUGCGACGCCCGCUUGUAUGGUGCAAAACGGCACAGGUGGUGUAAGGAGGGACAUACGAAUAAUUACAAUGACUCAACUCUUUACGAUUUAAUUCCUGUUAAAGAAAAAUCGAGUCCUAAAACUAGACGCAAAUUUAUAGAAGAAAAUGUACAAUACGAGCGUUGUAGAGAAGUUUUACCUUCACCCCGAACUCACAAACCUAGACUUAAUCUGAAGGCGCAGUCCUAUGAUUACGAUGACAGUUUAUUACCUAAAAGAAGGAAAAAUGUAACCCCACUGAAACGAACAAAUAAUGGCGACGAAAUGAGUGAAGAUUUUUCACAAACUUCUCGCCACCGACGAACUUCCAAUGAACCAUUAACAUUAAGAACGCAUGUCGGCAACGGCAACCCAAGCCAAAACGCAAACCUCGUGAACGAAUCCUUUACGGGCUCAGCCGCAGAUAAAACUGAUAAAGCGCUGUGUGAAAUAAAAGAUAUUUUACAAAGCUUCCUUCAAGAAAUCAAGAAAGAUUCUGUUCAUAGUGACCAUUCGGAGGUCAGCGGCAAAAGCAUUAAACAUACGGAAGCACAAGUAAAUAAUAAACCCCGUUCCAGCCCUACACCUAAUAUAGAACAAUGCCACGCUUCUUUCGUUCCGCCAUUUGGUAAUUCGUGCUGUUAUCCAAUUCUACCUGUCUGCCCGAUCAAUUGUAGCCCAUAUGGACCCAUACCACCAUCGACGAGUUACACUUGCGCUUCGUGUGUUCAAAAUAAGAAGGAGAUAAUUCCUCAUGUCAACGAUGACACAAAAAAUAAUUCUUGUCACGACGAAACACAAGAACUCAUCAAAGAGAUUUAUAAAUGUGUAACGCGAUCUCCGACCACGCCUCGGUCCAAGCGGUUGGAGCAUUCGUACCCUCGCUAUGAUUUCCAAAAGAAGGUGCUAACAUCCCGAAGUGUCGGCAGCUCGAAUGCUUCGAAGCACGACGUUAUGGUGGAGACACCGAAAAUGAAAUGUUACUCGAAAAGUUGUGAAGCGAUUGGAUCCCGGGUUACGACCGAUACAUAUUCCACAAAUCCGACAUAUUCUGAUACGGCGAUAGAGAAACUCAGCUUAGAUACGUCACAUUCAUCAACUGACACGGAGGUCAAGAAAAAUAAAUUCUCAAACGUGUUGAAAAAAAUGGGUUUAUUUAAAAAGAAAAGAAAAGAUGUCAUCGAGGAAGUUAGCGAGAGCGAAGGUACAGAAGAAGUAGACGUAAAGCCAAAAUCAAAGCCCCCCUUUAAACAAAAUAUAAUGAAUUAUAAUCUCCAUGCUCAGGAAUAUUUCCAUCCCCCUCCGAAUACCAGAUGCAAUAAUUGCUACGAUCAUGGAUUCUGCUCACCACAUGUGCAUACGUUUGGGGAUGAUGGCUACAGCGCACAAAAAGCGUCUUACGAACGAUGCAAGCAUAGAACCCAUCCGCACUGUUAUUCGACACCCCAAUAUUGUGAAAUCCCGAAUGUUUCAUCAGCCUAUUGUCAUCAUGACCGUGAUCCACAAUGCCAUAAUGGACCCCAAGUCCCACUGUGCUUAAAGGAAAUAGAAGUAAAAAGCAUAGGCACACAGAGCGAAAGAAAGUUAUCGAUCUUUCCUAGAUUCAAGAAAUAUCAGGCUCCUCAAGCACGACUUAACCCACAGAAUACGAUGACAACACAAACCCCGAAAGAAAAAAAUAUCCUAUUCAACUGGGAAAAGCUAAAAGAAAAAGCGACGCAGAAUGCGAGUAACGCGGAUCCAAUGAAGUUUUCUCUAAAAACACAAAAACAACUCGCUCUCGGUGACAUGACAAUGAGGAAUGCAAUGCUCAAGAAGCUAUUCUAUAAAAGAAACCCGUUCUCUCCUCGCAACUUGAUCGUUAGAACUCUGCUCGGCAAGGAUAGGUCUUCUUGGGGCGAACCGCCCAGGAUGUACAAACCGCGAAUGUUCAUAUAA